ACAAUAUAAGGAACAUGGAAAGUUAUUACAACAUUAAUCGACAAUGUUAAUGUUGUAUUGGAUUAAAUUUAGUAAAUCUUGCUUUUAAUUUCAGGAUUGAAUUCAUUUCAAUAUGGGAUUAACAUGGCGUUUACGUUUAUCAUAUGCAAUUGGACAUGUUUUAAAUGAUUUAUGCGCAUCUGUAUGGUUUACAUAUACUUUGGUAUUUUUUAAAUUUGGCAUUAGUAUACCAACAAGUAUGGCUGGUUUAAUAAUACUUGUUGGCCAAUUGGUUGAUGGUUUAAUGACACCAGUAAUUGGUCUACUUUCGGACAGAUUUUCAUCUCAGUCAUCUGUACCAUUGUUAAUAUCAUCUUCUUCCCAUUCUUUGUCAGCAUCAUCAUCAGUUACACAUAAUAAUUUCAAUGAUCGUUUGCAUAAUUCUAAUGAACAUUUAGCCAAUCAUAAUAAAAACUACAUGUCUACAGACUCUUCUGAUGUUAUUCAUUCUACUGGUAAUAAUAAUAAUAAUUCAUCUUUUUUCCAACGAUUCAACUCUGUUCUAAGAAGAUUUCGACCAUUCGGUCGUAAAAUAUGGCAUCUUUGCGGAAGUAUAUUAAUUAUUUUUUCAUUUCCUUUAAUAUUUGGUCCACCACUUGGUUCAUCCAAUAUUAGUACACUGGCAAAAAUGAUUUACUAUUUACCAUUAGUGGCAAUUUUUCAAGCUGGAUGGGCCGCAGUUCAGAUUACUCACUUGGCAUUAAUCAAUGAAUUAUCUAUGGAAUCUAGUGAACGUACUUUAUUGACUUCCCUACGUUAUUUAUUCACAGUUCUUAGUAAUCUACUUGUUUAUAUUAGUACAUUUCUUCUUUUACAACAUCAAAAUCAUGUUGAUAAUAACAGUAAUAACAUUCGUAAUGAUACUAGUAUUAAAAAUUCAAUGAAUGAUAUGUUACCGUUGAGAAAAUUGCUUAAUUACAAUGAAGUUGAAUAUAUUAUGUUACCUAUGGUAAUGACUUCACAUCCAUUAUCGAAAUGUUCAAAUUCCUCACUAUCUUCACCGUCCAUUAUUGAUUUUGGUAAAGAUGAUAUACCAGCUUUUCAAAAGUUAGGUUUUACAAUUAUUGGUGUUGGGGGAUUAACAAUGUUAUUAUUUCAUUUUGGAGUAAGAAAGAAAGAUUUUAUUCACAAUGUACGACCUAUAACUGUUGUGGAUAAUCCUAAUCAUGAAUCUGUCAGUCAGAUAAAAGAUCCUGCUUACAUAAUUACUACAUGGAAAGAUUGGUUACGUUUACCAUUAUUUUGGAUUCUUGGCUUUUUCUACAUGUUUGUUAGAUUAAUUGUCAAUGUAUCACAGGCUUAUUUAACAAUUUACCUUUUACAUUCAUUACGUUUACCUAAAAUUACAAUGGCUUUAGUUCCUUUAACAGUUUACCUGACAAGUAUUGCUACUACUAUGGUACAAAAACCAAUACAAGAUCUUAUCAGUCGUGAAACAAAUACUGGAAUUGGAUUAAUUUUUGUUACAAUAUUUUGUAUAUUAGUUAAUUAUCCUGGUAAUCCACCAAUAAUUUAUCGUAUAUAUAUUGCUGCUGGUAUACUUGGUAUUGGUUGUACUAUUAUAUUAAUUACAUCAUUAGCAAUGGUAUCAGAUUUAAUAGGAAAAUAUCAACAAUAUGGUGCAUUUGUUUAUGGUUAUAUGUCAUUUACUGAUAAAUUAGCUAAUGGUAUUGUUAUACAAAUUAUUGAAUUAUUAUGGAAUGAAUGUUCAUCAUUAACAUAUUAUCAAAAUGUUGAAUCUUAUGGUAUUGGUACAUUUGUUCUAUGUCAAUUUAUUUUUUUAUGUUUAUAUAAAUGGCAAAAAACGGUGUAUAUUACAAAUGGGAAUAUAAUUCAUGAACAUGUAUAAUUUUUGAUGAAUAUAACUAUUGAAUUGGUUUAGUUUAGAGUUAGUUUAAUAUGAUUUAUGCAAUAUGUAUAUUCAUUAAAGAAUUUUAUAUUGAAUUGUUUACUGAUUAUGAGUAUACUUAUUUUUAUAAGUCAUUUUACAAUUUAUCUUUCCUCUCUCAACCUCUUCUUCUCUUCUCUGUCUCUCUCUCUCGCUCUCCUUCUUGAAUGAUACAAAAAGGUAAAUUGGUUUCUGUAUGUAAUUUAAUUUUAAAAAAAGUAAUUCAAUAAGCAUUUUACUAAUGAACUUAUCAAUGAUUAUUAUGUAAUAAAAUACAUUAUUAAACUCAAUGGCUUAUGAACAGUGUCUUAUCUUGUUUGUUACAAACUGUAAUGAAUAAAUUUUUCUUUCUCCAAAUGAACAAUUCAUUUCUACUUUUGUUUUCUUUCAUCAUCAAUAAACAAUACGUAUCAAUCAUUGAUUGAUUUGAUUUGAUAAUAAGAUUAAAUAUUGAAUUAUUCUAUUUAUUGUAAACUAUGUAUUGUAAAUUAUCAUUUUUAUUUUUGUUAUAAUUUGUCGUUUGAAUGAUUAUUGUCUUGACUCUUUUAAUGCUACUUUUUUUAUCUGGUCGUCACUGACUUUUCUUUCUGUUACAUCCAUUUUUAUUUUAUUUUAAACUUUACAUUGAUUUAAUGUAUUAAAGGAUAUUAGUUUAAGUGAAGGAAAAAAAAGAAGGAAGCGGCAAUAAUCAAAAGAGUUCAUAACUGGAAACGACUAAUUCUUAUGAAAUUUAUUGCAAUAACCAAUCGUCUAUGUAAUUUUAUUUUCGUUUUAAUUUUACAACCAUUGAAUUACAAAUUGAUUACUAUUUCUCUCUUUCUUUGUUUUUAUUUUUGGCAAGACUAUAAUUUGUAUAUGAACCAAUGAACUUAGAGGCAGCAUGUUGUGGAUUUUGACGCAAAAUUCAUUUAUUAAUAUGAUCAAACAGUAUUUUGACACGAUAGCUAAUGUCAAUUCUUAACUCUGAUUUAUAACUAAAGAUCCUGAUCUUAAUUAUGACCGCUUUUUAUUCUCACAAAGUGGGUAGAUAUUCACAAGGUCACUUUAGCAUCACUCAGAGAUCAUCCAUAAAUUAUAGCCGACCAUUCAUUAGAAGAGAAAAU